CUUAAAUGCACGACACAGCACCACGUAGUAGUUUUAUUAGUUAUCUGCACCAUACACACACACACACACAACAAGACUACGACAAAAACUUUCCAUACUCUAAGAGUUAUUAACCUGAGAAUGCCCGACUACGCAACAGGUGAUACGGUUCGCUAUAAGCCUAUUGGCGGACCUGAUUCCAAGACCGCCGAAGCAAUCGGCAUCAUCCGGGACGUCCGCACGCACUCUGGUACCAUGACGGGGCGGAAGAUUGAAGCGUCGGAUGAGAUGCCGCGGUAUGAGAUCGAGAACGCUCAUACACAUAAGCGAGCGGCGAUCAAGGAAAGUAGUAUUCUGGGACCGGCGGAGUGAAAGGCACCAUGAUGUUAUAUAUUGAUGCGCGGGGGGCAGUCCUUGGUUAGGGG